UUCUUUUUUCUGCACUAUUGUAUAAAAAUCUAGGCUUUUCUAAUUUUUUUCUUUUUUUUUCUUUCAUAUAUAUAUAUAUAUAUAUUCAAUUUCUAUGUCACCACAUCACUCGUUAAAUAUGCCUAACACUAUGAAUUAUACUAUAUUACCACCAUUAUCAGAACCCUAUUGUAUGCCUAAAAGGAUCCCUCAAGAGAAUAUUUAUCAUGAAUUUAAAGAAGUUUAUCGUCGUGCAUCUCACAUAUCAGACCAAUUAUUACUGGCCGGAACAUCUUUUCACGAUCUUGCGUCUCCACCAUGCUUGCCAGGCGUUCAGGAGUUGGACAUAAUGAUUGAUCAUGCACGUCGAAUGAAAAAUACUCUAGAUGAUGUGAGGCUUAAAUGGACUCCUUCCGAAACGAAUGUUGUAGAGAAACAUCAGAUGAACAUAUCGAAAAAACCGAGAAAGAAAAAAAUCAUGGUGGUUGAGCCAAACAAACAACAACAAAAGAGGCAUCAGUGUGAUUCAUGCAAUAGUACUGAAACACCCGAGUGGCGUAGAGGUCCUUUAGGCCCUCGUACUUUGUGCAAUGCAUGCGGAAUUAUUUGGCGAAAACUCUGUAAAAAACAAAAAGAAAAUUCAACUUUGGAUAUGAAAGAAGAGGUUGAAGAUGACGAAUAUGAAGAGGAAGAAGUAGUUUCUACCACUUGUAGCUACCAAGAAAACAGCUUAUCCCAUACGUCAUUGUCUCCUACAUUGUCUUCAACUUUAUCUGUAUUCUAUCACGGUAACAAUGACAAGAAUAGCAAAAAAACGAAACUUUCAUUUUUAUUGACAUAAGGAUCCCGGCUUUUUUCCUUAUUUGUAAAAAUAAAAAAAAAAAGAAUUGAUUUUCUGACAAAUGAUCAUCUUUGUUUAUACACUGGGAUAAGUUGCUUGUACACUACGCUUAAUACGCAGCAUUUCCUUAAAUGUGUCUUCAUUACCAUGCUGUACUUCAAAGUCAUGCCAU